AUGGCUGACUUGGGAGUGGACAAAGUCAUCAGUCCUGAUGCUGUACCUUCAAACACUACAUUCACGUUUGAAGAGCAGGUAAUUACCUCAUCAGCUCUAUAUACUAUGUCUCUUAUAUGCAUAAUCUUGGGCAGUAUUAGAUCUGUAAAGUUCGUUGACCGACAUAUCCGUAAGAAGAAGUUAAUCGAGGCAUCCAUAACACUAUCUGAAGCCAAGAAGUUCCCUUUCACUGCUUCACUUGUGCUCUUUGGGCUUUAUUUGUUCUUCAAGCCGGAUAGAUCAGCAUGGAUCUCUGGGCUGGCUCAGACAUAUCUUCCAGAAAAUAUAGCUAAUACCAUUAGCGGCUACUUGCCUGUUAAGACCGAUGAUGAAUCUGUUCAGAACCCUACACGAUUCCUCAAGCUUCUACACUUAUUCCCCGAGAACAUUCAAGCUUCUAUCCUAACUUUCGUAGGCUAUUUACCUUCUCUCUCCAAGGAAAAUGCUAUGACUUUGUUGCUGCUUCUUCUCUGUUAUGAGGGUUGCGUUGCCCUCGCAACGAUCCUGAAGCCCCUCUUCUCCUUCGUAUUAAAUUUAUUGCCUAUCGGAAACAGAUGGCCAAAAUUCAACACUCCUUAUUUCUUCUCCAUCAAAAAGGGGACCAAGGAGAUGGAAGAAGGCGAUAUUGAAGAUGCCCCUAAGAAGAACUGCGAAUUCUUAUUGAAGCUGGAGUUUGAUACCCACGAUUGCAUCGCUCUGUUCUUCUGCCUGUCCGUUGGAAUUUCUCAUAUUUACCAACGUCAUUGGAUUACUAAUAACAUACUCGGAAUCGCUUUCUCCAUCUACGGUAUUGAAAACUUGCAUUUGAGUAGCUUCAAGGCUGGAACACUUCUUCUUUGCGGUUUGUUCGUCUAUGAUAUUUUCUGGGUGUUUGCAACUGAUGUUAUGACAAGUGUUGCCAAGGGUAUCGAUGCCCCAAUCCUGCUCCAGUUCCCUCUAGACUUGCUUAGAAACGGAUACUUGAAUGCAAAUAAACAUUCUAUGCUAGGACUUGGAGAUAUUGUGAUUCCUGGUAUAUUCAUUGCUCUUUUGAGAAGAUUUGAUCAUCGCAUUAGCGAAACAUCAAAGAAGGAUAAGACCACCAAGAACAGAUAUUUCUUCGUCAUCACCGUGUUAGCUUAUGCUAUCGGAUUGGUCCUGACCAUGGUAGUUAUGCACUAUUUCAAGGCAGCCCAACCUGCUCUUCUUUAUCUUGUGCCCUGCUGCUUAUUGGUUCCUCUCUUAGUCGCUUCAUGCACCGGAGAAUUGAAGAAUUUGUGGGAAUACAAUGAAGAGCAUCUCAUCGAAAAGAACGAAAAAAAGAAAGCAAAUAUGGAAAAGAAAAAUAACUAA